UAUAGCAUUUGUGGAAAAUAAUAAUAUUGCAUUAUUUUGGUGGAAAAAUGGUAAAAUUUAGGUUCUUCGUUAUAUGGAAUUGUGCGGCUUUUAUUUUAAUUCUGGCAAAUAAUAUAAUUGCAGUACGAGCGCUAUCAGAUCCAGGCAUAACAAUCGGUGCAUUAUCACCGAAUGCUAACGUUAUAAGAGAUAAUAAAGCCGUGCUAGCGAACUCAAAAAUCUACGUGAAAAUUGAAUGUAAUACCAGAAACAAUGAAGACAUAGAUAUAUUAAUUACCUAUUCUGUAUUAGAGGUUGAGUGCUCAUAUGAUCCAGAAUUAAAGCAGUCCUAUAUAUCCUAUCAAAAUCAGUUGGAACACACCAACAAAACUUCCGAUUUGUUCUUUAAAGGAACGGAAGAUGCUAAAUGUCCUGACCAUAUGAUUGUAUUGGAAAUGCCAGAGGGCAUUAAGUCAAAGGAUAUGAGUAUUAACUCCAGAAUAAACCCAUACAAGAAUGCGAAGCAUCCGUUGUCACCCACUUCAAAACCCUUGUUUAUAGUGCCACAUGAUGGCAUUUACGUAUUAACGAUAAAAAUUGAAACGAAAGACAGUAAUCCUAUAGAGUAUUCAGCUUCGACCCAUAUUGAGAUAGUUGGUCCUUAUGGUUAUAUACCAGCCAUAGAGUAUCCUUUGUUGCCGUUUUAUGGCAUCAUGUGUCUCGUUUACGUUGUCUAUGGCAUAAUUUGGUUAAUCGUAUCGUUUUUGCAAUGGCGUGAUUUGCUACGUAUACAAUUUUGGAUUGGUGGCGUUAUAUUGUUGGGCAUGUUAGAAAAAGCUUUCUUUUAUGCUUACUAUCAUAACUUAAACAGCACAGGUGUGGUGGUGCCCGGGGCUGAGAUGGCUGCUGAAUUUGUAUCUUGCGCAAAACGUACAUUGGCGCGCAUGUUAGUUAUUAUAAUGAGCUUAGGUUUCGGCAUAGUUAAGCCACGUUUGGGUCCCAUGCUACAUCGCGUAGUAGGUGUCGGAACCUUAUAUCUUAUUCUAGCUUGCGUUGAAAGUUAUUUACGUGUCAUGCAUGCAAAAACUAAACGUAGCGAAUUGUUAGUCGCUAAUAUUCCAUUAGCAUUUGUUGAUAGCGGUAUUUGUUAUUGGAUUUUUACUUCACUGGUGCAAACUACAAGGACGUUACGUUUACGAAGGAAUAUGGUGAAACUAUCUCUAUAUCGUCAUUUUACGAAUACUUUGAUAUUUUCGGUUAUAGCUUCGACUGCUUUUAUGUUUUAUUCCAUGCGCUAUAAUAAGAAGGAGUACUGUACACCGGGUUGGCGUUUUAUAUGGUUCGAAACAGCUUUUUGGCAUAUACUUUUCUCAGUACUCCUAUUGGUUAUUAUGAUACUUUGGCGGCCUACCAAUAAUAAUCAACGUUAUGCUUUUACGCCAUUGCUUGACAACCCAGAAGACGAAGAUGAUGAAGAAGAUCAGUUUGUUGCCGAUGCUUAUGGCGUUAAAAUGCGUAGCAGUCAUGCAAAUAGUAAUGGCGCGAAAACUCCGCCUAAUGCUCCAAAAAAUACCACGAAUGAAGAGGAUGAUUUGCGCUGGGUGGAAGAAAAUAUACCAUCGGCCAUGUCCGAUCCUGCUUUGCCUGUGCUUGAUUCAGACGAAGAAGUUAUGAAUACAAAAUUUGAAGUUUCCAAAAUGCAAUAAACGACGACUACAGUUCUGAUUUGUUAAGCCAAAGAAAGAAUUGUUGAGUUUUCGUUCAAUUUUGUGAAUCUUCGCUUGAGAAAUAUUUAAAUUUUAUUUCAUGUAGUAUUUAUUUUAGAAAGUUUUCCUUCAUUUUUAAACAUUGCUGGUCAAUAAAUAUCUGGACUCUAACAUAAGUGAAGGCA